AUAAUCUAACCAAAGUCCUCAUUAUAUUGUUUCCAUAAGCCUUUUCUUUCCUUUCUAGUCCAACUUGGAAAUGUAGUGCUUCAUACCAACUCUCAAAAGCCCAACAAGGCAGAGACAUGGAUCACUUCAAUCUGUAUAUAUAGCUCCAUUACCUACCUACCUUCUUCUAGUGAAGCGCAAGCUCGAGCCACAAAGAUCUUGAAACAUCAUCAUCAUCUUCUUCUUCCUAUGUUGUCUUCGUUGAUGGAGGGAAGAGAGAACCAACUUCCUAUUGCCACUACUACUACUAUUGCUACGAGCGCUAAAGCUCAGACCAAAGUGCUCGACUCAGUAGUAGCCAUGAAAGCUAUGUCCAAGCUUGGGGGCUUCCAUGCCGGCUACUUCCGCAUCAGCCUGUCGCUCUGCGGCCAGGCACUACUGUGGAAGACCCUCAGCGAGCCAAGCACCGACUCCCGCGCCCUCCGCCUCGUCGUCCGCUUGCUACCCUCCGCCACGUACGUCCUCGUCUGGUCCGUGGCCCUCGCCGUCCUCGUCGCACUCUGCUUCCUCUACGCCCUCCGCUGCUUCCUCCGGUUCCGUUGCGUCAAGGCCGAGUUCUCCCACCAUGUCGGCGUGAACUACCUCUUUGCGCCGUGGAUCUCGUGGCUCCUCCUCCUCCAGUCCACCCCCGCCUUCCUCCACCCCGGCGCUGCUCUGUACCGCGUGCUUUGGUGGGUCUUCUCCGUUCCCAUCAUCAUGUUCGAUGUCAAGAUCUACGGCCAGUGGUUCACCGAGGGGAAGAAGUUCCUGUCGAUGGUGGCGAACCCGACGAGCCAGAUCACGGUGAUCGGGAACCUGGUCUGCGCGAGGGCGGCGGCAAGGAUGGGGUGGGAGGAGAUCGCCACCUGUAUGUUCUCCCUCGGCAUGGCGCACUACCUCGUCCUAUUCGUGACGCUGUACCAGCGGUUCGUCGGGUGCAACAGCCUUCCCGCCAUGCUCCGCCCCGUCUUCUUCCUCUUCAUCGCCGCCCCCAGCAUGGCCAGCUUGGCCUGGGAUUCCAUCUCCGGAUCCUUCGGUCUCGCGGCCUGCUCUGUUCAAGAGGUCGAUGAGGCGGUUCAACGUUGCAUGGUGGGCGUACUCCUUCCCGCUGACGGUGCUGGCGCUGGCGGCCACCGAGUACGCACAGGAGGUGGAGGGAGGCGUCUCCAACGCCCUCAUGCUCGUCCUCGCCGUCCUCUCCGUGCUGGUCACCGUCGCCCUCAUCGUCUUCACCGCGAUCAAGGCCGGCGACCUCCUUCCCCACGGCAAUGACCCCUUCGCGCCGCCGUUCUCGCCCUGAUGCUCAUGCAACAUGUUGGUUUUGUUUAGCAUUUGCUAUGUCGAUCUAAAGCCAGAGAGGAAUAGUUCUCUGUAUUCCUUGGACAUGUUCUUGUCUCCACUGUGGAAUCCAUCUCCUUCCACGAA